CUGCAAUUCUAUAUACUGAUUAAUUGAUAAUUUGAAGAUUGUACUGUUAAUAUGUCUUCUGAAAACUGCAAAAAAUUUGAAUGCAAUGAGUGUAUGAAAAAAUUCUCGAAAAAGAAUAAUUUAAAUGAUCAUAUUUUAGCAAAACAUUCCAACUCAAAAAAAUAUGUUUGCUCAGUUUGUAAGAAACCAUUUUCCUACAAACAAUCAUUCAACAGGCAUAUGAAUGUUCAUAAAAUAGCAACUUCUGUUUACUCGUGUUCGGAAUGUGGCUAUAGUUCUCAGUUAAAAUUCAUGUUGACACGGCAUAUUCAAAGUGUCCAUCUAAAUAAAAACAACAGUCUUUUAAAAGUAUCUUGUGUGUUUUGCAAUCACCAUUGCUCCAAAAGUAAUUUAUCUGCACAUUAUAUGGUCUGUCAUCCAACAGAAGUUGUUAGUGAACAAUUAAAGUUUGAUAGUUUAGAUGAAUUUUAUGCGUGGAAGUAUGAAGUUGAAGAUCAAGAUAUUAAUUUGUAAAAGCUCGAACAACCUAUGUUGGUACAUCUGGUUCAAAACACUUAUUUUUUAAAUGCCAUCGUGAUGGAAAAUAUAAGCCUAAAGGC